AUGAGCAGUGAAAGCAAUGCGAUUGGACAGGAGGCGUUGGUGUAUGAUAAGAUGUUCCGUGUGAUGCGCACGGUUGGGGAGAUGAUGCGUGACCGGCGCUAUCAAGUGGCCGACCGCGUGAUUCCCUCAAGUGUGGAGGAGUUCCGCGAUUGGUACACCGACCCCCGCGAGGGGACCAUUCACCGCGAGCGGAUGACAGUCCCGUGCGAGCGGGUCGGCGGGGCGCAAAGGGGCCGCGCGAUGGUUUUCUUCGCCGAUGGACUCGCGAUGGAGGCGAUGAAGCGAUACCACACACAGGCCACAGAGGCAAACUGCGAUCGCGUUGUCAUCGUCUCACAUGGAAGAGUGAACGCCACGGUGCGGAGACAUGUGGAGGACCUCAAUCGUAGCAGUCUUAAUCUUAAGAUACAACUCUUUGAUGAGGAUGAUCUGGUGGUAAAUAUCACCCAUCAUGAACUCGUGCCAAAGCAUACACAACUGGAAGAAGAGGAAGUGAAGGAGAUGUUACAGGCACAUGCACUGGAAAUGAGCAUGCUACCACGUAUUCUUUCCACAGAUCCUGUUGCUGCUUACUUGGGACUGGAGCGGGGACGUGUCGUGCGUAUCGAGCGUAAGAGUAUGUCUGCAGGAGUGUACGUGACGUACCGACAAGUAGUGUAG